CCCGCCCACCGCCUUCGUCGUCCCCUCGCCCGGCGGCGGGCGCGGCCAUUGCGGGCCCCGUCCUGUCCCGUCGCGGCGGGCGGGCGGGCGGGAGGAUGAUCACCAACACGCGGGGCUUCCUGUGGUCGGACCUGGAGACGCGGGCGCUGCUGGAGAUCUGGGGGGAGGCCGACGUGCAGAGCGCGCUGGACGGCAACUUUCGCAACAGCCAUGUGUACCGGGACGUGGCCUGCCGCCUGGCCGAGCUGGGCUUCGAGCGCACCCCGGAGCAGUGCCGCAUCCGCAUCAAGGGCCUCAAGCGCCAGUACUACCAGGCCCGCGAGGGGCUCAAGAAGAACGGCCAUGCCCGCAAGAUCUGCAAGUAUUACGACGAGAUGGACCGCAUCCUCGGCUGCAGGCAGGCCGGCGGGGGAGCCGGCGGCGACGGACACGGCGUGCCCGAGCGGCCUCUCGCCCCCGGCCCGGCGGCGGAUGGCAGCCGCCGGCCCGCCGCCCUCGCCGCGCCCCCUUCGGCCGGGCCCGGCGACCCGCGCGACGGCCAUGAGGAGGAGCCGGACGAAGAGGACGAGGACGAGGAGGGCGGCGAGCUGGGCUCCCCCCGGCCGGACAGCUUCCACCGCGGCUCCGGGGAAUGCUCCUCGUUCGUCCAGCACCCCAUCAAAGUGGAGUGCCCCUCCUUCGCCAUCCCGCUGCCCGCCGCUGAGGGUUUUAAACAAAUUAAUGCCCACACCAAUGCAUCGCCCUUACUAUCUCAGGCUAAAAGAUCAAAAAAACGCCAUGCAAAUUUAACCUUGGACAAAAUGAUGGAAAAGUUUCUGCAACAAAGUAUGGAUACCGAAGAGAAGUUCUACAAAUACGAAGAACAGCGGCUUAAAAUUGAAGACAAGCGGCGAGAAGCUGAGCAUGCUAGAGAGCUUCAAAUGUUGCAGAUGUUGGGACAGAUGUUAGCAGGGAUUUCGUCCACAGUAUCUCAAAGGGCACAGUGUCUAUCAAGCAGUCCUUCUCGGAGAUCAAAUCACCGAUCAUAUGGAGAUAAUUUUAACUAUAAUUCUAUGACAGCAGCACUGUCUCCACCCAUAGUAAUAGAGAGAUCAUUUUCGGUGCACAAAACACAUUCUAUAAAGGAUAUGGAGAAUAUAUUUCAGUUGGUGAGAAAUGUUAUUCCUCCUCUAACUGCCAAAAAACAUAAAGGCCAAGAUGGACGAAUAGGGAUUGUUGGAGGAUGCCAAGAGUACACAGGGGCACCAUAUUUUGCUGCAAUUUCAGCUCUCAAAGUGGGUGCAGACCUAUCCCACGUAUUUUGUACCAAAGAUGCAGCAACUGUAAUAAAGUCUUACAGCCCAGAGCUAAUUGUUCAUCCAGUUCUUGACAGCCCUGAUGCCGUUCAUGAAGUAGAAAAGUGGUUACCACGACUACACUCAGUUGUCAUAGGACCUGGAUUGGGUAGGGAUGAUGUACUACUUGAGAAUGCCAAGGGCAUUAUAGAAAAAUCCAAGGUCAAAGGAAUCCCUAUUGUAAUCGAUGCUGACGGUUUGUGGCUUAUUACCCAACAGCCUUCUCUUAUUCAGGGUUAUGCUAGAGCUAUUCUUACUCCAAAUGCUAUGGAGUUUAGCAGACUGUAUGAAGCUAUGCUUAGAGAUCCUGUAGACAGUAAUGAUCAUCAUGGAUGUGUGCUACGACUCAGCCAAGCUUUGGGGAAUUUGACAAUUGUUCAGAAAGGAGAGCGAGAUCUUAUUUCAGAUGGAGAAAAAGUGCUUGUAUGUAGCCAUGAAGGAAGCAGCAGAAGGUGUGGUGGACAAGGGGAUCUCCUCUCGGGUUCUCUUGGAGUCCUAGCGCACUGGGCCUUCCUUGCUGGACCAGAAAAAACAAAUGGUCAAAAUCCUUUUCUAGUGGCUGCAUUUGGAGCAUGCUCACUUACAAGACAGUGCAACAACCAAGCCUUCCAGAAAUUUGGACGGUCUAUGACAGCCUCUGACAUGGUUUUAGAAAUUGGAGCCGCCUUUAAUAAACUCUUUGAAAACUAAGACCAAAGCAACAGAGGAGGAAGGAACACUGGCAACAGUUGAAACUACACUUGGACAUCAGAACAGAACAAACCCUUUUCAAGUGCUGUUAGCAGUAUUGGUAUAUUGGGUAGGGUUUUUUUUUAAAUAGAAAAACUGUAGAUAUUUUUUAAAGAGUGUGUAAGACAGGUGGGGUUCUUUUUUGGCUGAAUAAGCCAUAGUUGCAGAAGUAAUAAUAAAACUAAACUGAAAGUAUUUCCUCUAUUCUAUUUCACAGUUACUGAGCAAUAAUUCACUGUCUGCUAGCAGCAAAAAAUGCACUUGAUACAUGAUAAAAGGGUGUAAUGUAAUCCUACCAAUGGUGUAAAAAAAAGUGUCUUGACAGUGCAAUUCUAAACAGAGUUCGAGCCUUCUAAGUCCAUUCCUUCAAGGGACUUGGAAGGUUGCAGCUCUGUUUAGGACUGCACUGUCAGUCACUCAGUGAAAUAAAUGAGAUUUAAAAGUAAUUAUCUUUGGCUGGAUUGUGUCUUGUUUGUCCACCAGCUCAGCUUAGUUUGCACCAAUGCCAUCUCUUGUUUUGUUCUUAGAAGUACUACAAGGUUUAAAUUCUGCAAACGGUUGUACUUGCUUUUGCAAUUUGCUAUCUCUGAGCAGGGAGUGCAUGACAAUUGCUGUUAGCGACUUCUUGGGACAGAGGUACCAAUUCUGAUUCCUUGCUUUUGAGAUGCAGUGGCACAAGGGAUGGGCAUCACUUUUAAUCAUUUAAAAAGAUCCUUAAAACAGCACAGGAAGUUGUAGAAAUUGGCAUGCAAGGUAGUAUUUAUUUAGCUGAAGAAUGUAUUAAAGCAGUCAUCUACUGUUCAGGGCUAGUUUAGAAUACGAUACCAAAUCACUUACAGACUAUGUAGAUAAAAACUAGGCCCAUAAUGAUCACAAAGAUUCAGGGUUGUUUUUUUUAAAGGCUUAGGAAACAAUCUACCAUGAACAGCUCCUGGGCAUGUUCGAUGCAGUCUUUGCAUAGGAGAGGCUCUUGAUAGGAUGUGUUCACACUUUAUAUACUAGUUUAGAAAGUCUUCUGUAGUGGUUUUCAGUGACACUAAUGUGUGUAUUUUUUUUAAAAUCACCAGCAUAGACUAACUGGAGAAUGAAUGGCAAAGGGAUGCUCUAAACCAUGUAACGUUACUAAGCGAAGAGGUGGCCUGCUCUCAGAGAAGAGGGUUCAGGGUAGGCUGCUCCAAGCUCAGUCUCAGCUUUUCGUCCACAUUUGACCAUCUUUAUUACAAAGUUAGCACAAGCAUCCAAGAGGAAGUAGAUUAGCUUGUUCUAGAUGUAUUUUUACUAGUUUUAGCUGCUAACUACGUAUAAACUUAAUUUUGUAGGAUCUAUGCACUGUUUACACUGAAGAAAUUCCACCUGGUAGAAUGCAUUUUUUUUCUUAAGUGACUUGCAGCUCAGUCCUGUGCACGUUUACUCAGAAGUGUAUCCCAAGUUAAGCACGCACAGGAUUGCAAGCUUCUUACAAUCUAGCUCUGUGCCAGUGUUCCAAGCUGUAUAGAGACAAGUUUGUAUUGCUCUUUUUAGGGUUUCCUACAGCUUAAAAGAGUUGUCAGACUCCAUAUUCUACUUGCAACUAAGAAGACUGCAUAAGUUUAUUUUUGUGCUUACAACUAAUAUUUUGGAUGCACUGUGACUACUACCUCAGAACAACCAAUUUGUUUUUAAAGAAAGCAUUUCCCACUGUGUACUUCCAUCAAUGUUCAGAGCACCGAUUCAAACAUCUCCUCAAAAAAGGACAUGGUACGGUGUCUUAUCAGUAAACAAUAGAGGUGAGGGGUGGUUUCCCAUAUGGAAAGCUAUCCCAUCAGAUCCCUUACUUGCUUUUGCUGGUGGUACAGAUCAUGAAUAGUACAGUGUACUUUUAAUGAAUAUUUGAAUCUGUUCUAAAGCACGAUAUAUUUCCAGGGCAUGAGCCCCUCACUCCACAGGCAUAUUGCUUGUUCAUGGAGGAUCCCCAUUUCCUAUUCAUCUAUACAGGCUGCUAAAUGGCUGUUGACCUCGGUGCACCUCCUGUCCCUAUCCAGCCACCCGUCUCUGCCUGAUGCAAGUUACCCAUGCUUGAAAAUGGGCAUGCGCAGAGAGGAUGGGGUAGUGAUAAGAGGUAAGCAGAGACAUCUCCACUGUGCACACAUGUGGGAAGGGGAAAGAAGGAACAGACCUGUGUGCAUGAGCGGAUUGCUAUAAAUGGGAGAAAUAUUUGAACGACAUUUGUGUCCCAGUUGCCAGCAGUACAACGUAAUGUAAAAAUGAUUACCAUCAUUUGUAGUAAUAAUAUUUGAUUUAUAUACCGCCCUACUCAGAGAGGGUUACAAAGUAUGUUGUUAUCCUCACAACAAAACACCCUGUGAGGUGGGUGGGCCCGAGAGAGAGCCUGGAAGCUGUGACUGACCCAAAGUCACCCAACUGGCUUCAAGCAGAGGAGUGGGGAAUCAAACCCAGUUCUCCAGAUUAGAGUCCCACGCUCUUAACCACUAAUUGAUAGAAUACAGAAAGCGAGUAACAGAUCUUAAAAGUACAGCUGCGGGGAAACCAUAUAUGACCUUGGAUUUGUCAAACUGGUAUCUGAACAAUCAAUACAGAGUUGAAUCUGCCUGUCCUAAUAGUAUUACAGACAUUGCAAAAUGUGUUGCUCACCAGUGUAUAAAGGUUUUACAGUUGAACCAAUCAGAAGAUGUAGCAGUUUCUUUUCUAGAGGAAAUUAAAAAAAUGGCAAAUGAA